AAUUUCACAAUUUUUCAACAAUUUCUUUUUGAUCUUCGAAAAAUGAGUUUAGGAAUAAUUCUUGGAGGAAUAUUUGCUCUUGUUGUAGCUGGAUACAUCGCACAAAGUCGUCUGCCUCCUCCAAAGCCAAAGAUUGUAGGGAUAGAUUUGGGAACGACGUAUUCUUGUAUUGGUGUUUAUCAAGCCAUUUCUGGACAUGUUGAUAUUUUGAUGAACGAAAAUCAUGCCAAAGUUAUUCCUAGUAUUGUUGCUUUUAACGAUAAAGAAGUCCUUGUUGGUCACAGAGCGUUAGCACAGGCUGAGAUCAAUCCAAAAAAGACGAUUUACGACGCGAAGAGGUUUAUAGGAAAAAAAUUUACCAAGGAAGAAUUGAGAAACUUAAAAAAGUUAUACCAGUUCAAAAUAGAUGAAGAUGAUAAAGGGAAUCCAGUUUUUGUGGUGGAAAAAGGGAAAAAUCACUCAUUUGUGAGUCCUGUAGAAAUAGGAGGGUAUGUUAUUAAGGAACUCCGAAGAAUGGCUGAGAAAAAUCUAAGUGGAAUUGUGACUAAAGCUGUAAUGUCUGUGCCAGCAGAAUUCAACAUGGCACAGAGAAAUGCCACUAUAAAGGCAGCAGAACUGGCUGGAAUCAAAGUUCUUAGAGUUAUAAAUGAGCCUACCGCUGCUGCCUUAGCCUAUGGAUUACACAAGAAAACUGGAGUCAAUAAUGUCAUGGUUGUCGACCUUGGCGGAGGUACCCUGGACGUGUCCCUUUUAAACAUCCAGGGGGGGAUGUUUGUGACAAUGGCCAUGGCAGGUAACAACAGACUAGGUGGCCAAGACUUCAAUGAAAGACUCAUGGCUUAUUUACUUUCUUUGAUAAAAGAUCGCUUCAGUGAAGAACUAACAAAUUCUGAAGAUAUACAAAAAUUACGCCAAGAAGUCGAAGCUGCAAAAAUUAAUUUAACGACACAAUCAGAAGUAGUUUUACGUGUCCCUCUUCAUUCAUUAAAUAGAGGGAAAAAUUUAGCAAUUUUUGAGGAGCCUCUGACUCGGCAUACUUUUGAAAAAAUUACUCAGGACUUGUUUCAAAAAGUUCUUAGACCAAUAAAAAGAGUUCUAAAGGAGGUUGAUCUUCCGAAUACGGCAGUUGACGAGGUGGUUCUCGUAGGUGGAUCUACCAGGAUACCAAAAGUGAGGCAGUUGAUUAAGGAGUUCUUUAAUGGGAAGCCUCCCAAUGUAUCAAUUGAUCCUGAAUUAGCUGUUGCUACUGGUGUUGCUAUCCAGGCUGGUAUCAUUGGAGGAAUGUGGCCUCUACAAGUAUCAGCUAUAGAAAUAAUGAACCAUGUAAAGAAAGUAAAUGUAAAUGAGUAACAACCUUAAAUAUGCCAUAAAAUCCUGUUAAGAGACACUCAACUGACAAUGUCUGGUCAAAACUGGCAUUUGUCUUGCAAAAUGCCCCUUAGGUCAUUCUUUUUGACCAUUCAUAUUAGACUGGUUACGUGUCUAUCAGUCCAAUGUGGCUGGUCAUCUUGUCCAGAUCUGGCCUUGCAUCCAGAAGCCAUUAUUUUGAGCCCUGAUAUUAUAUAGCUAUAACGAAACCAUAAAAAAACUAUAUUUAUUUUAAUAUCCAGUCUUAAACACAACCACAACCUCUAUUUAAUUUCCUUUAAAAAAAAUUUGAUAUUUUCCAAAAAGAAUUUUAAUUUUGGGUUGAUGUUUUUGCACUAAAACUGCCUUGAAAAAAAUAAACAAAAUAAUAUUUUAUUAGUCAUAUUUAUUUAUGCAAACAUACAAAGUAAUAAGGGAAACAAAGAAAUGGAGAAAUAUAAUAUAAAUGAGAACAUGAAAUGAAUGUUCCAAAAAUAUGUUGAACUGUUGUGAAUGGAAUUUGGUGAAAUACUGGUAUUAAGUAAAUAUUUUUGAAUAUUUAAUAUAUUGGUAGUUGAAGAUUUUCAUUCCAGUCUGUCAAAUUUGUGUAAAAAAUAUAUUUCUAUAAACUACGCGAUGAAAGAAUAAAUAUUCAAUGUCUCAUCCAGCACAAAGAUAAACUA